AUGGGUUCACUUAUUGUUUAUUUAUUUUUAUCUAUUGUGGCUUUGACUCAAGGGAAAAGAGUUUUGAUCAAUGAAAUAGUUGACGGCAAACUGGCCUUGAACAACUUGAGAGCCGUCCAAGAAGGCAAAACUACUUUGAAUUUGGGCGCAUGGAACUUGGACCUAGUCAGCUUCGAAGGAGCCGUAGCCAUCGGCAUGGACUCAUUACGCAGGUUAGGAUUCUGUACCAUGGAGACUUUCAAUGAUAACAGCAUCAAGUAUAGGUACUUCAUCAGGCAUGACAUCCAUGCCGUAUACUUUACGAAGCUCAAUUCUCCAGUACCAUUCGGCGAAGGAUCCGGUUACUAUAGAGCUUUUACGAAUCUCAUCUCUUUCGAGUAUACUGUCAACUAUGCACGUAAGUGUCAAGUGAACGUCGACACUCUCACAAUUAAAACAGGUUUGGAAUUGGAACUAUGCGUGCAAACAACUUGUCGCAACAGCACCGCUGAUAUGGAUUUAAACAGUUUUGUAGCUUCAUAUCUCGAUCCUGGCUUGAAUAAAAUGUUGGCAGCGAAUACGCAAAAGGUUGAAGAUUCGCUGAAUAAGGUCUACUGUCAGACUAAUGCUCGAUUCGAUAGCAAUGACCAAAUCGAGAAAGGCCAAAGGUCACCAAAUAUACACAGUUUUUUAAUCUCCUUUAUUCUUUAUUCAACGUUUCGGCUUCAGGAGCCAUUUUCAAGAUCCUGCAAAACUAAUUUUAAUUUAGUUUUUACAAUUCAAAUACAUCCCUAUCAGACACAUAUUAUUUAA